GGAGGGGACGGGGCUGCGGGAAAGCGUCUGGUUUCUCCAGCGGUGACGCCGGUGCACCACUGCCUUCUCGUCUCCGAGGCCUGGGGCCUGCUGCACCCCCAUCUGUGACGCCCUGUCUCCCACCGGCCACAUCCCUGCCCCUGCCAGCUCAGGCUCUGCUCAGAGCGCCGUCCUGGACGCAGCUCCUCCUCAUGCCGCCGCUCUCCGCGCCCCUCUGGGCCCGGCUCUGCUCCGCGAGCUGUGCUUCCGAGGCGGCACCCGUCAGCCAGUGUUGAGGUUGUAGGGUCUCUUGUGCGUCCCCCUGCCGGGCGGUCCCUAAGGCAGAGCCUGGUCAGUCCCCUUGGUCCCCAUAGCCCAGUGAAAGGAGGUGGGACUGUCCAGAGCAACUACUGUUUAGCGAAUUGAGGAAAGGAGUGAAACUGAAUCUCUAGGGGGGAAGCUCAGAGUCUCAGGCUUUGCCGCAGGUAGGUGAUCCUGGCUCAGGUUUUUGGAGUGCCUCUGUGCCCAGCCAACGCCGGCCGGAGGGAGAAACGUAGGCCCCAGGCUGCAGGAGGGAGCUAGCUGAGCCCUGGAAUCAGACUGUCACAGAGUUGUUUCUGGGUGGCCGGUCAGGAAGGGGUAUGGAGAUCAAGCGAGAUAAACAGGUGUGCAUCUGUGUGCAGGGCUUCUGGUCACCAAUCCCUCUAGCUCCAUCACCGGGCCUAAUCUUGGCUGAAGCUUAAUCAACCCUCCCUCACCAAACCUCCCCCCACCAGCUGCAAAUGUGUGGGCCUGGGGAGACUCCACAGGGCUGAAAUCAGACACACUUCAAAGUCCAGUCUUCUCUGUGGUCUUGGGCAGAUCAUAUUCCUAAGCUUCAGAUUUCUCGCCCAUAAGCUGGGCAAAAUGGCAUCUUUGGACUUGCUGGGGGGCCAGAGCAGUGCCCUGAGGGCUGGGCUGGGGUUUGGAGGUGAGACGUGGAGGAAAAAUUGCUGCGGAGCUAGGCCUGGGCUUGUCACCUCCACCUUAUCCUGGAAUUGGUGAAAGAAGAGGAAGUGACCGCGGUGGGUGUGGAGGAGAUAACCGUCUCCUAGAAAAGGCUGAACUGCUGGCCCGGUUCUCAGACAAGCUGCAGCCAGAGGCAAACGAUGUCACUCCUGCUCCCUGGCAGGGCCCUUGAGAGAGGAAGGAAGAGGGAAACAUCAACGAUGAUAGAAAAUCAUUGAUUGGCUGCCUCCUGCACACCCCCUCCUGGGGACUGAACCCCUAACCAACUGAGCCUUCCCAGCCAGGACUGUAUCCCUAAUUCUUUACCCGAUGCCUACAGAAAGGGUCUUGCUACCUAUUCCGAAGGGGGAGUGAAGAUGAGAAUCAAGAAUGGGUUGGGGCUCAGAGUUGGGAGGUGCUUCUAAAGGAGGGUCCUGACCAUGGAAACCAAGGCUGGGGGACUCCCAGAGCUGAGCCAUGGACAGCUUCAAUUGCUGGAAAUGUGCGCUUUCCUCUUCUGGCUUCCACCUUUCUAGGAAAAAGUUCAUGAUGCUGGUCUCAGGCUUUACAUGCACAUCGCCCGGGUGAAUGGAGGGACAAUGAGCACCACUCUCUUGAUUGGUUGGCAGGGAGGAGGAGUCGCGGUCUAACUCAGACCAAGUCCCAUCACCGGACAUUCUGAGGGUGAAAUGGCAAGAGGAGAAGGAGGGACUUCGGCUGGUCUGUGGUGAGGUAGGCUGGGCAGGGUCUGAGAAUGUGGUCUGAGGGACAACGUAGUGGGGCCAGGAUCUAGGAUUUUGGGGGAUGGAAGAUUCAGUCCAAGGGAGUCAGCAAAAGAGGGACAGUCCCCAAGUCCAGUGCCUUGAGGCCAGACAGUCCGAUGCGCUCUAGCUUGGCUCUGGCAGCCCAGCAUGAAGUGGGCUCCAACAGCAGUUGGAGGAAGUGAGGUGAGAGUUCAGCCCUCCUGGUUCAUAGGUCGACGCUCAACCACUGAGCCACGCUGGCCAGGCACUCUCCAUUCUUUCAACACAUAUUUAUUGACAAUUGCUACAUGCAAGGCACAGGAAUGCAGCAUAAGCAAGACCUGGCCUUAUGGAGGUUCUAGUCCACUGGAGGAGACUGAUGGACCAGUAAACUCAUGCCCAAGUCACCUGCCUAACGAGUGUGGGAAGGGGGCUGUGAAUGCAGUGAGAGCCUCUCCCUCAGCGUCUUGUAGUCACAACUUCACACUUGAGAAGUGGUUCUCAAACAUCUGAACCCCCUUCUGGGCUGUGAGCACCCCAAGGCCUGGAAUGCUUCUGGUUUGCCUCCACUGUGUUCCUGGGGCUUGUCUCCACAGUCCAUGCUAAUGCAUAUCUGUAGGCUAAGUGCUGAAUGAGGUGGAUCAUGCACCCCUCCAUUAGUGGUCACAGGGCUGGAAACCUGGGGGCACCCCUGACCCUUCCCAGCCCUCUGUUCUGAGCUAGUCACCAGAUCAUGGAUCCUGCCUCAAAAUCUACUUCUGUUUCCUAUACCAUGUCUGGCCUGGUCCAAACUGACCUCAUUCCACCCUGGAUGACCCCUCUCUUGGCACCCCCAUCCAUUCUUCAUACAGCACUCAGAGUGAUAUAUUUUAAUAAUAAAAGUGACUUCCAUUAGAGAAAAAAAUAUGCUUGUUGUGAACAUUUCAAGAGAACCGAAGUCCAUAGAAUACAAACAAGUAAGAGCCUCUUUCACCCCCUCUCCCCAUUAUCAGUUUGGUAUAUAUAUAUCCUGCCACUCUCUUAUCUCUGAGUUCAUAGUUCCCUUUGUAUGGGAUCCCUCCCACACCCCUUGCCCUCAGCACUCCCUCUCCUUCGUUUCCUCAGGCACACACCAGUCAGCCCCCAUUGGAUAUACCAGGGGAUGAGGAGGGGCUUUUCCUUUGUUUUUACUGUUUCACAUGAUCACAACCAACAUGUAUUAUUACUAUUAUUUGAACUUUUUAUUUUGAAAUAAUUAUAGAUUCAUAGGAAACUGCAAAGACAGUACAGAGAGGACCUGUGUACCCUUUACCCAGUUUCCCCCAUUGGUUACAUCUUCUGUAACUACAGCACACACAGUCAGGGAAUUGAUAUUGGUGUGAACUGUCUAGUUCUUGGUGAUUCUGUCACAUGUGUGUAGAUUUGUGUGAACAUUAAGAUACAGCUCUAUUUCAUCAUCAGAGAUCUCUCUCUACCCUAUUUUAGUCACAACUUAUCCCUCUGCCCCAACCAUUCCUAAUUCCUGUUAGCAACUAAUCUGCUUUCCAUCUCUAUUAUUUUAAUUUUGAAAAGCAUAAAAAAAAAAAGACAAAAAAACCCCAAAACUGAGUACCAAGACAUCAAUGCAAGUAAAUGACAGGUGAGGAAGUGGAAGUGGUGGUCAGACUGCUUAGUGGUGAAAGGAAUUAUAAAUGUUAUAUAAACUGGGCCAGGUAUGAAAGCAGGUCUCCCUGCCUUGUGUGUGCUGGGCCCCUCCCCAGGCCCACAAGAGAGUGAGUAAUGUCAGUGCAGGUGGACAGCACCAACCUUGCUCCUCAAUCCAUCCCUCACCAGGCCCGCCCAUGUGAGAACACAGGAACAGGUUACCAAUAGAGCCCCAGCCUAGGCUAUUUCCUCAGGUUCCUCUGGCCACACUGGUGGGAACUGCAUUGUCUAGGGCCUGUCUCUCCCACUGAUCCCUCAGCUCCGAAAGGUGGGAGUUGAACUUGAUCUCUGUGGCUUCCCCAGCUCCUGGCUGAAGGACUGUUCAGUGAGGCAGGGGUACAGAUAAGAUGACCCUCACCCCCACUCUUGGGCUGUGGGGCAGCUCCAGCAUUUAUUCUGGGCCCGGUGCUCUUACAUAAUCCAUUCCUGUUCUUAGGCUGGGUGCCUCUGCUCAGGGUUCCUUCUUACUCUGGGGGAUCUGGUCAGUAGGCCAGGGGAACAGAACCCACAACCCUCGAACCCCUCCUGUAGACCAGCCCUUUACUUGGAGCAUAAUGUUCGGUGGCCUGGGGUCCAAUAUCAGCUCUGCCACUUAGCUGUGUGACUUUGGGCAAGACACUUAACCUCUCUGUGUCAAUGUCCUUCUCUGUAAAAUGGCAUCACCUACCUCAUAGUGAUGUUAUGGGGAUUAAGAGUUAAUAUGUGUAGAAUGCCCAGAACAAGGCAUGGAACACAUAAGUGCUCUAUUAAAAAAUUUGCCAUUAUUUGAAAAACGAUUUCUCAUAAUAAUUCCGUAUUACCCUAUAAGGCCAGCACGAUCAUUCCCAUUUUAUAGGUGAGAUAACAGAAGGCUGAGGUUGAAUGACUACCCCUGGGGUCAGAGAAAAAUAAAUGGCCACGCCAAGACUGACACGCAGGGAUCAGACUUCAGGGCCUAAGUCCCUUCCACGCUCCAUGAAACAGCAAUGCAUUCCGGGGCCAGGCCCGUAGUCUACCUGCGCCUGAGCUUGCUUUUCAGGAAGGGAGCGGGUGGGUGCAGCAGCAGACCCUGGCUGAAGCUCUACAAAGAGGCCCAGAGUCUGGCCUUUAACCGCCCCCAGAUGGCCUACCAGGUGGUGGAAAAGACCGCAGCCCUGGGCGCCCUGGAGUCCGAGCUGGAGAAGCGGCAGGGCAGGCUGGCGGCUCUGGAGGAGCAGGUGGCGCAGCUGCAGGAGGAGCGGGCCCAGCACGUGAGGCAGGUGGACGUGCGGCGGUCGCGGAACGUGGCGCAGCAGGCGGCCUACGAGGCGCUGCGCCUGCAAGCCCGGCUGCAGGAGGCGGCGCUGCGCAGGCUGGAGGAGGAGGCGCGCGACCUGCUGGAGCGGCUGGUGCAGCGCAAGGCGCGCGCGGCCGCCGAGCGCAACCUGCGCAACGAGCGCCGCGAGAGGGCCAAGCAGGCGCUGGUGUCCCAGGAGCUGAAGAAGGCUGCCAAGCGGACAGUGAGCAUUAGCGAGAACCCAGACACCUCAGGCAAUGAGACCAGAGAGAAGGCUGAGAUGACUCUCACUCUGCUUGCUGAGCCUGAGUUUCUGGAGAGUGAGGCUGGUGAGAAGUUGAAGAGGCCCUUCAGGUCUGCCUCCGCCACCUCCCUGACGCUGUCCCGCUGUGUGGAUGUGGUGAAGGGGCUUCUGCAUUUCAAGAAGAGGAGAGGACACUCAAUUGGAGGACCCUCCGUGCAGCAAUAUCAGAGCAUCCCUGUGUGCGUGGCUGCCCGACUUCCUACCUGGGCUCAGGAUGUGCUGGAUGCCCACCUUUCUGAGGUCAAUGCAGUUCGUUUUGGUCCCAAUAGCAGCCUCCUGGCCACUGGAGGGGCUGACCGCCUCAUUCACCUCUGGAAUGUUGUGGGAGGUCGCCUGGAGGCCAACCAAACUCUUGAAGGAGCUGGUAGCAGCAUCACCAGUGUGGACUUCGACCCCUCGGGCUCCCAGGUAUUGGCAGCUACUUACAGUCGGGCUGCUCAGCUCUGGAAGGUGGGAGAGGCACAAUCCAAGGAGACACUAUCUGGACACACAGACAAGGUGACGGCUGCUAAAUUCAAGCUAACGAGGCACCAGGCGGUGACUGGGAGCCGAGACCGGACAGUGAAGGAGUGGGACCUUGACCGUGCCUACUGCUCGAGGACCAUCAAUGUCCUUUCCUACUGCAACGACGUGGUGUGUGGGGACCAUGUCAUCAUUAGUGGCCACAAUGACCAGAAGAUCCGGUUCUGGGACAGCAGGGGGCCCGGCUGCACACAGGUCAUCCCUGUGCAGGGCCGGGUCACCUCCCUGAGCCUCAGCUACGAUCAGCUGCAUCUGCUCAGCUGUUCCCGUGACAACACACUCAAGGUCAUCGACCUGCGUGUCAGCAAUAUCCGCCAGGUGUUCAGAGCUGAUGGCUUCAAGUGCGGUUCUGACUGGACCAAAGCCGUGUUCAGCCCAGACAGAAGCUUUGCACUGGCCGGUUCCUGGGACGGAGCCCUGUAUAUCUGGAAUGUGGACACUGGGAAAUUGGAGAGUAGCCUACGGGGACCCCACUGCGCUGCUGUCAACGCCGUGGCCUGGUGCUGCUUGGGGAACCACGUGGCGAGCGUGGACCAGGCCGGGAAGGUUGUGCUCUGGCACUAGUGCCAUGACUUCCCCUGCCUGGGCUGGAGCUCUCAUCCGAAGCCUGAAGCCAGAGGACAGCUUCCCCCUUCACUGAGCUCCAGGGCCAGUGGGCCAGCGAGGUGUGGGCAGGGUGGGGUGGUCUCAGGGCAGUUAGUAGGGAAGAAGGCCUGGCAGGACCUGGCCUGUUUGUUUAAAAAUGAAGUGUGGGUUGGGGGUGAUUACAGUACAUUUUGUUUAUCUCUGUCUCUUUACUUUCUCUGCCAAAAGUGGAAAAAAAUUACGUCUAAA